AUGCCGGACAAAAACUUCCAAGACAUGGACAAGAAAGAGAAGCAACCAGAGAAAGGGAUGGACACUACAAAUAUCGUCCCAUCUUCCCAAGGUCCUUCACCUUCCACACAGCCACCAAGUACCACAUCUCGCUCCGAACCAAAUACUGAGCAAGCACCAGACCCUGAUCAUCCGGUUCACUGUCAAAGCUGCGGACUGGAAUAUUACUACGUCGGAGGACUUUCCCACAAUCACCUCAAGGACUGGAAGCCAGAACCAAAGAACGACACGAGAAAAGACAAAAAGAUGGACCACGGCCAGCCCUCAUCGCGCUUUGCAACAUCUGACGACACGAAUAAGGACGAGAUGAACCACGGUCUGCCCUCACCGCGCUACACAACAUUCUCUGGAGUGACUCUUGACCAAGCACUGCCUGGACAAAUCUCUGCUUUCCAUUUUCUCGAAAAUGACGGCGAUAGGCUUCACUGGAGCGAGGAAUGGGACACCGUGGCAAAUAAGGUUGGCGGAUUGGAGAGAUUGCAACAAUUCCUUCGAAUAGGCCUGGCCGCUGUCCGGGUUAAAGUCGAAAAUAACCAUCUGUCAGGGGAAAAUGCACAGACGACGCAUCUCUCUGGUUUUCGCCUAUCUCGCGACCUAGUUGUUACCUGCGCUCACUUCACGGAGUGGGAAGGUGGAAACGACGUCGAACACUACCUGACCGAGAAAAACGGACUGUGCCAUGCGAUCCAGGCCCAAGAUGUUGCAGGAGACAACCACGUCAAUCGAUUCGUUCUCCGCCUUCACGCAAUCCACAAAGAGUGGGAUAUAGCGAUAUUCCGUAUCACGUGCCGGCCGCAGAAUGACCACAAAAACGUUGUUGUCGAAGUCUCGGAUCUCUACUUGGAUACUCCACAGGGCCGUGGUAGCUUGAUCAAUGCUUCACAGAUGCCAUACUGGUCAGUUGGUUACAAUGUUGUCCAAGAUAUGGAAGAAUUCAAGACGGUGUUCGGGAUGUUCUUCAAUAGGCGUCAAGAUAGAGAGAAGGCGAGGAUUCGUCAAGAUUACAAUUUCAGUGCUGAUAACCCGCCUGAAUCGACAUUCCUCAAACAAGACCGGCGAACUGUCAGCUUCGGCACGCAUAUUGGACACGCGGAAAAUGCCAAACCAUACCAGAAGUGCGUUGAAUUGAGUGCGUGGCACGGCCGUUCUGGCUCCAUGGUCUGCACUGUGAUAGGUGGAAAAGCAAGAAUCAUAGGCAUGAUCCAAGGAGGUAACCCAGAGUCUGAUUGCAACCAUUUCGUAUUGUUGAACACGGAAAUGCAACAGUGGCUGAAUGCAGCUACCGCACCCUGUGUCAAUGCAGAUCAACAGGAGAAGAAUCGGCGAAUUGUCAUGAAAUGAUCGAGGCUGGCAGAGACUCAACGGGAUCUCCUAUUUUGCUUUCGGUCGGCCUGAGGGUGUAAGGAAUUCGGCGGUCUAGUUGAUGUAUUGUACCAAGGUUGUGCAUGAUGCUUUUCUUUAUGUGGUCAGUGUGUUCGGG